GGCAAAAACAUGCAUCAGCUGAUUCGGAACUAAAAUCGACUGAUCCAAUAAUGGUGUCAGUCGACAGGCCCAGUUAAACGCUUAGUCUCUGUUUCUGAUUGUUUCUGGCUAUCAUUUGUGGUUUCUGUUUACAGCCCAGGCCAAUAACGGGCAUGUACCCGCUAACAAGCUUACCCACUAAAACAAACAUCCACCUAACGCACACAACUCAUCCACCCUGCUAGGUCUUCUUCCUCCCCCGUUCCUCCCCCUUUCCGCCAGCCGCCGCCAUGGAAGGACAAAUUGACUUGAUCUGAUUUGAUAUCAGCUGAUUGUUCUUUUGUUUCUUCUGAUUGCAUUUCUUGCUCCCAAAAUCCUUCUCCUCCAGACGUCCAGAGAUCCAAAGCAGAUGAUCUGAUUUCUUAUGUUGUGCCUUCAUAUCUUGAUGCCUGGACGCUCAGAGAUCCCAUGUUGAAAGAAUCAGCAGAAAGAAAGGAUCAGCUAUCAUAUCAUUCUCAUGUUUCAGAUCUGUCAAUCAACAUAGCAAGGCAAAACAGAAGCAAACCUUAUGUUGAAUCUCGAACUUCUAAGAUGAAUGUACAGGCAGAAGAUGUUUUCCAACCAGAAUGUGUUUACAGUGCAGAAUCACAGAAAGACAACACGGUGCUGAAAAAUUUGAAUGAACAUUGUCAACAAGAACAUUCAGAUAGAAAAUCAACUAAAAAGCAAGUAGUUCUGCCCAAUUAUGGAGUACAUCCAGACCAAGUGAAUGCUGCGCAAAACAAACAAAUCGGAAAACAGCAGCAUGAAGUUCAGACUGCAAAACAGAGUUGUGAAAUGAUAGAUGAAGUGCUUGCACCAGAAGGAGUUCCGCAGUCAUACACACAACUGAUGAAACAAAUGACUCUCAUGAGUCAUCUCCAAAGUGACAACAUGGCUAUGCCUAUAACAAGUUUCACCUCUCUCUUGACAACAAGCAUUAAUGACCAGAUUCAGAAUGAAACAACGCAUGCAAUGCGAGACACAUAUUGUAAUGAAGAAGUGGAUGAAGGUGCAGCUAGUGAUUAUAUUUCUGAAACUAACAGUGAAGAUUACCUCGCAUGCAGUAGUGAUGAGAAUGAAACUGACGCAGAGGAUAAUUACCUGGAGAAAAACACAGUGAUUCAUGGGCAAAUGUCUGCAGAUUGUGAGUAUUCAGAGUUGCAACAAAUAGGGCAGAGUUGGCAUAACUCUGUUUCAAGUGAUGCGCAAGCAAUGUUUACUAAUCACGAAGAACAGAUAGCAAAAAUGAAUGAGCCAGAAUUACAAGGUCCUGAUUACGCAGUAACAACUGACACAGAUGGCACAAGUGGAAGUGACGAGUCAGAGUUUGAAACGGAGCAACAAGAAAAUGAGGCAGCACAUAUGAAAGACUCUAAUCUUGAUAGUAGUGAUGAGUUGCCAGAUUCAGACCAAGAAGAUGAAACAAUGCAUGAAUCAGGUGACGAGGACAUUGAGCACCAACAGGAUGAGACCCAGAAUAAAUCAAGCAAAGAUAAGAAAAAAUUAUCUCAAGAAGAUAUUGAAUUUUUCCUCGAGAAUGAGGUUAUAGAGAAAGCAUUGAAACUCAGCCAAGAAGAUGAAAAAACUCACAUGCCAACGUUAAACAUGACAUUUGGAAGUGAAGCUGAUGCGCAUAGAUUCUACAAUGAAUACGCAGCUAUUGCAGAUUUUUCUAUACAAAAAGCUGCAAACUAUCACUGCCAAAAGAAAGAUGCUCACAAUAACAAAGUAACAAGAAUUACUUUGAAGUGCAACAGGUCUGGUAAACCUAGGAACAGGACAAAGCCAACAGCAACAGGAGCUAAAAGGAGAAAGCACAAAGGUGAUAAGAAUGCACCAACCAUCCUUGAGAAUACGACGGACAGGAGAAGGAAUUAUACAAUCAAAACAGGGUGUCAGGCUCAAAUGGUUGUUACCUAGAAAUUCGAGCUUGAGCAAUGGGUGAUCACAAGGCUGAUCAUUCAACACAAUCACGAACUGCAUCCACCAGGUGAAGUCAGGUUCCUGAAAUCACACAAGUAUAUAACUGAACAAGAAAAAGACUUGAUAAGGACUUGCAAAAGAGUGAAUAUACCAACUAGGAAGAUAAUGGCAAUCAUGUCAUUCUUCCGCGGAAGGGGUCUGUCUUCAUUGCCUUACACCCCAAAAUAGAUUAGCAACAUGGGUACAAAAAUGAGAAGAGAAAAUGGUCUGAAUGAUAUGAUGCAAGUAGUAUCAUUUUUUGAACAGAAAAAGUCAGAAGAUCCACUAUUCUUCUACUCAUUCAAAACGGAUCCAAAAAAGAAUGUGAUGCAUAUAUUCUGGGCAGAUGGCAGUGAAAUAAGGAACUAUCAGCAGUACAGCGAUCUUCUCAGUUUUGACACAACCUACAAGACCAACAAAUACAAUCUGAAAUUUGCUCCAUUUGUGUGGGAGUAAAUGGGCAUGGAGACAACUGCCUUUUUGCAUGUGGUUUUAUUCAAGAUGAGAAGAAAGAAACAUUUGAGUGGCUCUUUAGGACAUUUCUGAAAUGCAUGGGAGGGAAAGCUCCUAAAUCUGUCAUAACAGAUCAAGAUGCAGCUAUGAAGAAAGCAGUACCUAAAUGCUUUCCAAAUUGUAAUCAUAGGAACUGUUUGUUCCACAUUCUCACGAAAGCUCAGAACAAAGCUAGGAGGACAUUUGGAAAGAACCAACACUUGCAUGCUCAAUUUCAUGACAUAAUCCUGAACUCUCAGACAAUGCAAUGAUUUGAGGAAUUGUGGCCACAAAUGAUUCAACAGCACAAUGUUGAACAUAUCAAGUACUUUGCAAUUAUGUGGAAAAACAGGAUGAGAUUUGUACCUGUCUACUUCAAGAAACACUUUUAUCCAUUCAUCCAGACAACAGCCAGAAGCGAAGGCACCAAUGUUGUAUUUAAAGCAAAUGUAGGUUCAACUCACAGUGUAAUUGCUUUCAUGACAGAGUUUGAUAGAAUAUCACAAAGCAUUGAAGAAAAAAGAAAAGAAAAUGAUUCUGUGGCAAGGAGAACUUCUCCAACAAUGUGGAGUGACUGGGCAUUGGAGAAGCAGGCAGCAAAAAUAUAUAACAGAGGCAUUUUUUACAAAUUUCAGAUAGAGUUGAUGAAUUCAACUAAGUUUCACAUGGUUGAAGUUGAAAAAAACAAACAAUAUGAAGUUUUCAAAUCACCAACGCAAGCACUGUAUGACUAUAACCCCAGAACUUUCAUAGUGAUGGUGGACAUAGACUCUGAGUCUUUCACAUGCAUAUGUGGUAAAUUUGAAAAGGAUGGCAUACUAUGCUGUCAUGCACUCAAAGUGAUCCAAGCAUUGAACAUUGAUGAAAUAGCAGAGAAGUAUUUCAUUGAUAGAUGGAGACCUAAAGAAAAGAAAUCAGAAAAAAUCAGUGAACAUGUGACAAACCUUGAAGAUUUGGAUGAUCAAAUGGCUUUCUUAUCAUUCUCUAGAAGGCUCACUGAAUUAGCUUCUGAAGCCUCAAAAAAUCCUGAAAGGAGGAAAAUUAUGAGUGAGCAGAUAAGCAAUUUGGAGAAAUUAAUAAUGGGCAUACCUUGCAUAGUAGAAGGCGAGGAACCAAAAUGUUCUGCAUCAGAGCUGGCAUCUGACACUGCAACGGCUUUGAGUUUGGGUAGCAAUUCUGAGAACACACUAAAGGAUCCGGUAUACGUAAAACCAAAAGGCAGAAUGAAGAAAACAGGAAGGCAAAAGAGCAUAGUUGAGGAAAUUAUAGCCAAGCCAACAAUGACUUGCUCUGGGUGUGGCAAACAAGGUCACAAGAUAACUGCAUGUAAACCAGCAGAAGAGAAUGCAACGCUGAAAAUUCACAAGAGAGCUAGAAAAGAGAGCAUUGCAUUAGAUUCACAUCAUGAGAAGGCAAAGACAGCAAAGAAGAGUAAAUGCAUUG